GCGACGGGACAGGACCGGGCAUGGGCCGCACCUAGCUGGCACUGCUGCCCGGAUACGGAAGGGUUUCGGAGGGCAAGGUGAGAGUAACCGAGAGACGCUUUUCCCCACGCCGGCUUAAAAAAAUAAAUGAAUUUAAAAAAAAGCACGAUGCAUGACGUCAUCGGUUGGAGAUGACGGCGCGUGCAGGACCAGAUGAGGUCUCCGGUGCUGAUGCGGUGACGGUGUCUCCGGGGCUCUGAUGGCUCCUCUCGGCCCGGGCUGGAAGGAGACCCAGAGGGAAGCGUACAGCAGGUGUCUGAGGAGUGACACGGAAGCACCACGGGGCGACUGUCGUGUUUUUCGCCGGAGGGGACGAGCGGGAAGGGGAACAUGGCCGCGCAGUCGGACGGUAAAGUCGGGGUGGGUUUCGCCCACUUCUACGACGUCGACGCGGACGAGCCCCUGGACUCCGCCGCGCUCCACAUCUGCCAGUGCUGCCGCUCGUCGGCGUGCUACUGGGGCUGCCGCUCCGCCUGCCUCGGCUCUCUGGUCGGCGGCGGCCAGUCCGGGGGGGUCGGCGUCCGGGAGACUCACUGCCCGCCCCGGGAGCAGCUGUGGCUGGACUGCCUCUGGAUAAUCCUGGCCCUCCUCGUCUUCUUCUGGGACGUGGGCACGGACCUGUGCCUGGCGCUGGACUACUACCAGCGGCGGGACUACCUGUGGUUCGGCCUCACGCUCUUCUUCGUGCUGGUGCCUUCCGUGCUGGUGCAGAUCCUGAGUUUCCGCUGGUUUGUGCAGGACUACACCGGCGGGGGGCUCGGGGAGGUGGAGGGUCUGACAAAGCGGGGCUCGGUGGCCCCGGGGUGCCACUAUCCCGGCAGGGACCGCCUACAGCUGGCCACCAUCUGGCUGUGGCAGGCCGCCGUUCACAUCCUGCAGCUGGGGCAAGUGUGGCGGUACAUCAGAACACUGUACCUGGGCAUCAUGUCACGUCGCCAAAAGGAGCACCAGCGCCGCUGGUACUGGGCCAUGAUGUUCGAGUAUGCCGACGUCAACAUGCUCCGGCUGCUGGAGACCUUCCUGGAGUCGGCACCUCAGCUGGUCCUGCAGCUGUGCAUCAUGAUCCAGGAGAACCGCGCCGAGACGCUGCAGUGCAUCUCCUCCCUCGCCUCCCUCCUGUCUCUCGCCUGGGUCUUGGCCUCCUACCACAAACUAUUGCGAGACUCGCGUGAUGACCAGCGCAGCAUGAGCUACCGCGGGGCCCUGCUGCAUCUCUUCUGGCGCCUCUUCACCAUCUCCUCGCGCGUCCUCUCGCUGGCCCUGUUCGCCUCGCUCUUCCACAUCUACUUUGGCAUCUUCGUGGUGGUUCAUUGGUCCGCCAUGGCCUUCUGGGUGGUGCACGGGGGCACCGACUUCUGCAUGUCCAAGUGGGAAGAGGUGCUCUUCAACAUGGUGGUGGGCAUUGUCUACAUCUUCUGCUGGUUUAACGUAAAGGAGGGCCAAACUCGGCACAGGAUGGUGGCGUACUACACCGUGGUGCUGGCUGAGAACACCAUCCUCACUGGGCUGUGGUACGCCUACAGGGACCCGGCGCUGACCGACUCCUACGCCAUGCCAGCAUUGUGCGGCGUCUACUUGACGUUCGCCGGCGGCGUCCUGGUCAUGCUGUUGUACUACGGCUUCCUGCACCCUGCGACCGCUCACCUCCAGCCGAGCCCCGCCUCCUCCUGCUGCGCCCAGCUGCUUUGGGGUCUUCCCCUUCCCCCUUCGGCCCCGCCCACCGCUCCGCCCACCCCCGCACACAUGACCAAGUCCCAGACGGAAGACGACGUGGCCGAGACUUGUCUACCAGUCUUCCAGGUGAGGUCGGUUCCUUCCACCUCCAAGCCCGAGGGCCCGCUUAUUAAGAUCGACAUGCCCAGGAAGCGUUACCCAGCGUGGGACGCCCACUACGUUGACAGGCGCCUGCGGAGGACUAUAAACAUCCUACAGUACAUCACACCGGCCGCUGUGGGUAUCCGCUACCGUGAUGGACCCCUGCUGUAUGAACUUCUACAGUACGAGUCCUCACUUUGACACACACACCGUGGCACACUUUAAUGCACACACUUUUCACAAAAACACGCACAUUCCUUCCGGGGACCCCGCGAGUCUCUUUGCCGUGACUCAACGAGUCCGCCGAAACCCCCGCUUCUCUAUCAGCAACUCAGUCGUUUACUGUUACAUCUGGGUUAAAAGCUGGAGAAAUCAGACCAGAUCGAGUCUCUACCUGCUGUUUACGUUGCGUCGCACAGAGGAAACGUAUGGGUUCGUUGCAACAGAGACACCAGUAAAGUGCUGGCUAGGUCAUGGGAAAAAACUUGAGCCACAGACCAAGCAUGUUUGUAAUGUUCGAGCAAAGUCCUCCCAGGUCCUUUGAUUCUAGCGACUGUCUGAAUAAAGCGAGUAGACCAGAAGUUUUACAAUUUAUCCUACAAAUAAAGUAAGUACAAACAUC